CUGCGUCAGCGGCGCGCGCCGCGGGAAACCUGACAGGCCGCAUGGCUGCGGGUUGUUCAGAAGCUCCGCCGCCGAAGGCGGCCUCUGAGGGACCAGUGGCGGGACCGGCCGGCGUCCUGCCCUGCCUAGAGCUGCCAACCUACGCUGCCGCGUGUGCGCUGGUGAAUAGCCGCUACUCCUGCCUGGUGGCGGGGCCGCACCGAAGACACAUCGCGCUUUCGCCGCGCUACCUUAACAGGAAGCGCACCGGUAUCCGAGAACAGCUCGAUGCGGAACUCCUGCGCUACUCCGAGAGCCUUUUAGGUGUCCCCAUUGCAUAUGAUAACAUCAAAGUGGUAGGUGAACUGGGAGAUAUUUAUGAUGAUCAAGGACACAUUCAUCUAAACAUUGAAGCAGAUUUUGUUAUUUUCUGCCCUGAACCAGGGCAAAAGCUUAUGGGUACAGUUAAUAAAGUGUCUUCUAGCCACAUUGGCUGUUUAGUACAUGGGUGUUUCAAUGCCUCCAUCCCUAAACCUGAGCAGAUGCCAGCUGAGCAGUGGCAGAUCCUAGAGAUAAAUGUGGGUGAUGAACUAGAAUUUGAAGUAUUUCGUUUGGACUCAGAUGCUGCUGGAGUAUUCUGCAUUCGGGGAAAAUUAAAUACCUCUAGUUUACAAACCAAGUGCUGUACAGUUUCUGAAGAAGUAACAGAAACUGGCACUGAAGAAAUUGUAGAAAAACCUCUGAAGAAGAAAAAGAAAAAGAAGACAGACCCAGAGCCAUAUGAAGUGGAGAGUGAUAACAGAGAACUAGCAGAUUUUGCAGAUGUCACUGUGAAAGAAGAGACAAACCUGCAGAUUAAUAAUACGAAUGGCUUCCAGAACGAAGAGCCAAAGAAGAAGAAGAAGAAAAGGCACCAGGAGGACCAGGAUCCUGUUUUCCAAGGUAGUGACUCCAGUGGUUACCAGAGUGACCAUAAAAAGAGAAAAAAGAAAAGAAAACAGUGAGGAAGCUGAAUUUACCCCACUUUUGGAACACUCAUCUAAAAAGAAAAGGGAAAAGUAAUUCCUUUAGUGCAUUUUACUCAGUUUUUUGAAGAUUGAUUUACAUACAGUAGACGAAUAAAUGUGGGAAUCAUAUGAAAUGCUUGUGUAUUCCAGUAGUCUGCAAAACAGGAAACAUU